GGCCUAUAUCACAACAUUCAGCACAGUUCAGUGAAUACUUGGAUUUAAGGAUUUUCUUGAAUGUGUAAAAAAGUAUAUGUGAGUUAUAGGCCAUAACGCACUUUGCUUGAUUAUAGCAUCACCUAGUGGUGGAAAUUGAGGACAACAAUAGAUUGUGAAAUUUUUUGGCAGGUGUGAGGUAUAUUCCAAUUUUGGUGAGUUUUGGGUUAUGUCCAGGCAGUGAAAAAUGUGAUAAUUUGUGACAAAAAAUCAUCACUACAAAAAACAAAAGGGACCUUGCAGGUCGAGACCUGCUCGGGCCCUAAUAAAUCUCCCUGAAAAAGAGAAGGAGAUGAUGUUCACAGACAUGAAGACGGAACCAGACAUGUUCAAGAGCUUAAUGAAAAUUGAAAGGACUCAUUGAUCAUCAAAACAGUUACCAAUGUAUGUUCUCUUGACUGUUUAUUCUGAACCGCUCUAAAUAUCUCCAGUUGGUCAAACAGAAGUGAUCAUCCCACAAAAAGGAAAUAAAUAUAAAGUGUAUUUCUUUUGUCUUCAAACAAUCCAGAAAACUGAAUGUGAAUGUGUCUUAAAUAAGAGAUAUCUAUUAGAGAUAUCUAUUAGAUAUCUACAAUAUCUAUUGUCCUCCAAUCAGAGCUCAGUGUUUGUCGUGUGAUUGGCUGAAUGAUGAAGUCAUGUGUUGCUCUUCCAGCAGGCUGUCGUCACUGUGUGAAGGUGUGUGUUGCUAUGAAUCAGUGUGAGGAGACAGAGGAGCGAGUCCAACCCUCCAAAACCGGUCUGUGUGAAGACCAUGAAGAUCCGAGACCAAAGCAGCACACACCAGACUCUCCUGGACCUGGAUCCAGCUGUGUUACCUUACUGAGCUAUACGUCAAUGGAGUAUCCUCUUCUGUUUAGACAAUCCGCUGAUGGAAGAGUCGACCAGGAGAGCUCACAGGUUCCCAGUGGUCAGUCUGUCCGACAACAUCAGGCACACCUGGAUUACAUUUUUAAGCUGCUGGAGAGCAAUAUUGUCACUUUUGUGAAGAAUGAGCUGAAAAAGAUCAAGAAAGUUCUGAGUUCAGAUUACCCAGAGUGCUUAGAGAGUCAGGAGGAGGAUACAGAGGUGAUGGAUGGUGAGGAGGAGGAGAAGAAGAGGAGCAGCAGAGAGGCCUUUCUAAAGAUCACACUUACCUUCCUGAGGAGAAUGAAGCAGGAGGAGCUGGCUGACCGUCUGCAGAGCAGUAAUCCUCUUGGAGUUUGUCAGCAUAAACUUAAAUCUAACCUGCAGAAAAAGUUCCAGUGUGUGUUUGAGGGGAUCGCUAAAGCAGGAAACCCAACUCUUCUGAAUCAGAUCUACACUGAGCUCUACAUCACAGAGGGAGGGACUGCAGAGGUCAAUGAUGAACAUGAGGUCAGACAGAUUGAAACAUCCAGGAAACCACACAGACCAGAAACAACAAUCAAACAAGAAGACAUCUUUAAAGCCUCACAUGGAAGAGACAAACCAAUCAGAACAGUGAUGACAAAGGGAGUGGCUGGCAUCGGGAAAACAGUCUUAACACAGAAGUUCACUCUGGACUGGGCUGAAGACAAAGCCAACCAGGACAUACAGUUCACAUUUCCAUUCACUUUCAGAGAGCUGAAUGUGCUGAAAGAGAAAAAGUUCAGCUUGGCAGAACUUGUUCAUCACUUCUUUACAGAAACCAAAGAAUUCUGCAACUUUGAAGAGUUCCAGGUUGUGUUCAUCUUUGACGGUCUGGAUGAGUGUCGACCUCCUUUGGACUUCCACAACACUGAGAUCCUGACUGAUGUUAGAGAGUCCACCUCAGUGGAUGUGCUGCUGACAAACCUCAUCAGGGGGAAACUGCUUCCCUCUGCUCGCCUCUGGAUAACCACACGACCUGCAGCAGCCAAUCAGAUCCCUCCUGGGUGUGUUGACAUGGUGACAGAAGUCAGAGGGUUCAAUGACCCACAGAAGGAGGAGUACUUCAGGAAGAGAUUCAGAGAUGAGGAGCAGGCCAGCAGAAUCAUCUCCCACAUCAAGACAUCACGAAGCCUCCACAUCAUGUGCCACAUCCCAGUCUUCUGCUGGAUCACUGCUACAGUUCUGGAGGAUGUGCUGCGGACCAGAGAGGGAGGAGAGCUGCCCAAGACCCUGACUGAGAUGUACAUCCACUUCCUGGUGGUUCAGUCCAAACAAAAGUACGUCAAGUAUGAUGGAGGAGCUGAGACAGAUCCACACUGGACCCCAGACAGCAGGAAGAUGAUUGAGUCUCUGGGAAAACUGGCUUUUGAGCAGCUGCAGAAAGGAAACCUGAUCUUCUAUGAAUCAGACCUUACAGAGUGUAGCAUCGAUAUCACAGCAGCCUCAGUGUACUCAGGAGUGUUCACACAGAUCUUUAAAGAGGAGAGAGGACUGUACCAGGACAAGGUGUUCUGCUUCAUCCAUCUGAGUGUUCAGGAGUUUCUGGCUGCUCUUCAUGUCCAUCUGACAUUCAUUAACUCUGGAGUCAAUCUGCUGGCAGAGGAACUAAAAUCACCCAAGAAGUUUGCAACAAAAACAGAAGAAUCUGCAGAGACACAACUCUACCAGAGUGCUGUGAAGAAAGCCUUACAGAGUCCAAAUGGACACUUGGACUUGUUUCUCCGCUUCCUCCUGGGUCUUUCACUGGAGACCAAUCAAAAACUCCUUCGAGGCCUGCUGACAGAGUCAGGAAGUAGUUCACAGGCCAAUCAGAAAACAGUCCACUACAUCAAGGAGAGGAUCAGUGAGAAUCUGUCUCCAGAGAGAAGCAUCAAUCUGUUCCACUGUCUGAAUGAACUGAACGAUCGUUCUCUAGUGGAGGAGAUCCAACAGUACCUGAGAUCAGGAAGUCUCUCCACAGACAAACUGUCUCCUGCUCAGUGGUCAGCUCUGGUCUUCAUCUUACUGUCAUCAGAAAAAGAUCUUGACGUGUUUGACUUGAAGAAAUACUCUGCAUCAGAGGAGGCUCUUCUGAGGCUGCUGUCGGUGGUCAAAGUCUCCAACAAAGCUCUACUGAGUGGCUGUAACCUGUCAGAGAGAAGCUUUGAAGCUCUGUCCUCAGUUCUCAGCUCUCAGUCCUCUAGUCUGAGAGAGCUGGAUUUGAGUAAUAACAACCUGCAGGAUUCAGGAGUGAAGCUGCUGUCGUCUGGACUGAAGAGUCCACGCUGUACACUGGAACGGCUCAGGCUGUCAGGCUGUCUGAUCACAGAGGAAGGCUGUACUUCUCUGGCCUUAGCUCUGAAAUCCAACCCAUCCUGUCUGAAAGAGCUGGACCUGAGCUACAAUCAUCCAGGAGACUCGGGAGUGAAGCUGCUGUCUGAUGGACUGAAGGAUCCACACUGGAAACUGAACAUUCUCAGGGUGGAGCCUGGUGGAGUCCAAUGGUUGAGAGCAGGUCUGAAGAAAUAUUCCUGUGAACUCACAAUCGACAUAAAUACAAUAAACAGAAAGAUCAAACUGUCUGACGACAACAGGGAGGUGAUAAACGUGGAGGAGGAACAGUCAUAUCCCGAUCAUCCGGACAGAUUCGACUGGUGUCAGCUGCUGUGUACAACUGCUCUGACUGGUCGCUGUUACUGGGAGGCAGAGUGGAGGGGACAUGUUGAUAUAUCAGUGAGUUACAGAGGAAUCAACAGGAGAGGAAUCAGAUAUGACUGCAGGUUUGGAAGGAAUGAUCAGUCGUGGAGUCUGGAGUGCUCUGUGGACGGUUACCAUGUCUGGCACAACAACGCAGGAACAUCCUCCUCCUCCUCCUCCUCCUCCUCCUCUGUCUCUAACAGAGUAGCAGUGUAUGUGGACUGUCCUGCUGGAACUCUGUCCUUCUACAGAGUCUCCUCUGACUCACUGAUCCACCUCCACACAUACAACACCACGUUCACUGAACCUCUUUAUCCUGGAUUUGGGUUCUGGGCUGGCUGGUCUGGUUCAGUGCGUCUGUGUUCCCUGUCAGAGGAAAGUGCAGAAGCCAAGUGAAGAAAUCUGUUUUUUCUGGUGAUCGAUUUCUAAAUCUGAUCUAAAUAUUUUCCUCUGCUGUGUUUGACUUGAGAACUGGUGUGAAAAAAGUUUUGCCAGGAUAAUCUCAAUCUGUUAUAUUUUUAACUUUAUUUAAUGUGAUCUUAUUUUUUUGUUGGUAGGCAUGAAGAGUUUUAAGGAUUUAAUUCAGAGCCUUUGUUGUUGCCUAUAACAUAGAUAAAUACAGUCUAUGUAAGCUC